AGUGUGUGCGGGGUGAUGAGUCGCAUGUCCGUGCUGUACGUACAGAAGCUGAGGCGCGCUAUCCCACUGUGCUCUGUGGCUGAUGCUUUUGGAUUCCCUCCCGAACCGCCCUUGCCUGGACGUGCGGCGUAAAGAAGAAGGUGAUGGCGAGAUCCCAGCCAAAGUCCUGGUGGAUUAUUCCAUGGAGCGGCGCAGAAAGCAGAAGAUGCUGUGCAGCCAGCUGCAAGUCCUGCGCUUCCUUCUUGAAUUCAUAAAAGAAGCGGACAUUGUCAACUGGGAGGAGACCAGCCCAGAGUUACUGAAUCAAGAGGUGGAAGAGGUAAAACAGAAGUGGAAGUCUCUGAAAUCUCAGUACCAGGAGAAGGUGAAUGAAGUGGAAGAGAUCAUCCCCCAGCUCCUGGAGAAGAUUCAGCUUGUACAUGAGAAGAAGACUCAGCUGGAGGAGACUCUGCAAAGGUACCACACUCAGAAACUGAUUGCAGAGGAGAAGGCCAAGGAAAGGCAGCAGCAUUUGCAGGAGGUUUUCCAAAAGCAGCAGCUGGUGGUACAGAAAUGCCAGGUUCAGAUAGAGCAGCUGAAAGAUGAGCUGCAGAAACUGGAGCAGUCCGUAGAUUGCUGGAUCCAGACUGUGAGCAGGGACUCCACAUUUGUAGGUAUCCUGCAUGCUCAGCAGGUAGUGUCCUUGGUGUCUAUUGGGGAGAGGGAACUUGCUCUAGAUUUAAAUGUCAGUGAGAAGACACAGAUCCCACCAUUAAGGGUCAACCUGCAUUGGACAUCUGAGGAAGAAUUUCAGGUGGAGACUGAAGACCCAGUGCUUCGGCUACCCCCCGAACUGCAGCGUGGUGCUACGACACAUAUCACCCCUGUCAUCCUGGAGCUGCAGUGUUGGUACCAGAGCCAUGCCAGACUUCUGGUGGAGCUGAAAAAAAUACAAGAGCGGUUUCCCAUUGACUGGCUUCCUAACGAGAGGAAGAUUCUCUUUUUGAAAGGGAACAAGCAGGCACAGCCUGGUGAUUGAACCAGGUUACCCAGUGAGCGGAGGCGUCCGACUGCUGGGAGGAGAACCAUGUAACGCUUCUGACAACUUCAAGCCCCCUGCUGAGAACCCAUCGCUGAGUGACUGGCUGGAAUACCUGCAUAGCAAUCCCAACUUCAGUACCUGAUGAAAUCCCUGCAGUCCGGAAGGAUGUGCCAUCGUCAGUGGCCCAAACCUGAGUAUAGAAGCCGUCGUACAGUACAAGGUGCUUCUUGAUAUGCAAACUGUAUCGCAGCUGGUGUGAAGAUCUGGCCUAGUGCACAUACAAUACACUUCCGUUCUGUUUAUUGCUUCAACAAAUAUGUUAUUUUCUGCAUACUGAGCAGAACAGCACAACUGGGCAGCCGGACAGCAGAUCUGCUCCCACUGCACUGUUUAGCUUCAGAAAAUACAAGGAGCCGAGAUUUACAACGGAGGUCGUGCCAGCGUAUAAUGGGACCUGUGCCAGGCAGGAGAACUUUCUAGACUUGUGUUACAUGCCCCAUAAAUUUGCCUGCCUGACUGUUUAAACUGCCAUCCAUCCCAGCAAAAAAUAUCUACAUGGAACCGUCACUGGAACAAAGGCGUUAAUCCGGUACAGGGGAUCAAUCUUGGACAAAUUGGAUUACAGGUUGUAAAGAUGGAGGAGGUGAAGAGAUUAAUACACUGAGAGAUUUAAAUCUACACCAUUUCAGCCUUGAGUAAGCUAUACCUCCUCAGGCAGAGACGUUUCUUCUGACGAAAGCAUUCUCAGUUUAUUAAUCAUUCUGAUUUGUACUGAUGAAGUUCUGCUUUAUUGCUUUAUAGGCCUUCUUGUUUCUCCAGCAGUUUUUCAGUGCGAGCUCUGUGCACAGCGCUGGUGUUAAAUCAAUAAAACUCA